AUGGGACGUAUCCAUAAAAAAUAUUAUAGUGCUAAUGCAACAUUUCUUUCAGAUGAGGCAAUUCAAGAAAUUAAAGGAUCAAUAGGUAUAAUACCUGAUGCAAUAAAUACAAUGGCAAAAAAAUAUCGCAUAUCUCACUCUCGUGUUGUUGAUUAUAUAGAAAAUCGAGAACGCCAACAACAAAUAAAUUCUCGAUUACGAAUUGAAA